GUUCGUGAUGAGCUACGGCGGGAAGGGCGGCGGCGGCGGGUCGGAGGAUGCAGGAGGGGACGGGGAGCGAGAGACGGAGAGCAAGUACGAACGGCUGUACGAGGCAGACCUUGACCCGUUCAAGGAGUUCGACUCUCAGGAGAAGGAGGCGAGACGCGGGCAGAUGGGGUUUCUAGAGAGGUGGCUUUUCUUAGCCUCGGGGACCGUUCUGCGGAACCGUUUCCGGCGGCACCUGCUCCUGGUGUACUUGCUCGUUCUGCAUGGGUUGCUACUCGUUAUGCCCGGCGGCAGAGGCGGGAACACUCGGAGAUAGGGAUGGGAGGGGUCGGCAGCGGGAGUAAUGUCACCGGUAUCUUGAUGCCGUGACAUCGUGGGGACUCCUUUUUUUUUUUUUCCGCCUUUAUUUCCUGAAGCGUUGUUGCCGUAGAAGCGGUAGCAGAUCGUAAGCGUUUGCGUCUAUCCCAGCGCUUCAAACCACUCUUGGGUGUGAGCAAAGCGGGAGGGUUGUGUAUGUCCCCGUAGCGUCUUAUGUCUGUAUGGCGUUUGUUGUUUACGUUGAAGGAACGGGGAUGCUGCCACGCGCCUCCUGGUGCCGGGGCUACCCGGUACACCGACGUGUUUCUGAGUGGAAGUAUUAUUUCUCGGUUGCGUUAGUCGACCGGUUGCUUGCUACAUGUUACUUUCUGUCCGUCCUAGCUUCGCGUUCGUCGGACGGUGUGUCUGUACACCCAUUGGCAACGCAGCUUGCCUCGGGCAACGAUGCUGAUUGAUCUACGAAGACAUUCUCGAUACUACCUUUUUUCAGGUGGUCUUAAUCUUUUUCAGGCCCUAACUUAGCAACUCGUUGGGCGGUGCCUGUACACCCAGUAACUUGAGCAGCUGUGCCUGGUGUGGGCGGCUGGAAGCCCGUCGUGUUUUGCCUAUUCCAGUCGUUGUCUGUAAUUGGGAUCACGUCAGGUUACAGAGAGUGCCACCGUAUUUAGUCCGCCCUCGGUUUGUCCGGGGUAGGAUUAGUCCAGUAGAUUCUCCUCUCUGCUCAGUUUUUGAGCCGCAGCAGAAAAUAAAACCCUGGAGGGGGGCUUCAGGAAUAUUGCUCUUAUUGGUGUCCAAACGGUUUGUUCUG